AUGGCAUUUCCUCGCACAGGCGACAACCUGUCGCAAUUUCCUGAUGUUCCCAACACUCUUCGAACCGAUUCGUCCAUCCCAUCAGCACCUCAACCAUCUAUCGAGCCGCGCGCAGAUACUGCUCCCUACAUUACGCCAUAUCUCAGCCUUCCAGCUCGUCUUUCCCAGAUAUGGAUCAACCGAUGGACGGUCCUCUUGAUUAUUCUCCUUGCACGUCUCGUUAUCCUGAUAGCUCAGCUACGGGAUAACAUUGCAAAUGCCGAAACACAGGCUCUUUCUUCCUGUACCAAAGUUGAAGAUGUGGGUAGUGCCAUGGCUUCAAUGCCCCAUUAUCUCUCCCAGGGAGUGAAUGAACUCGUCGGCACGGGGGUUGAAAAAGCUGUCCAUGGCAUGGUUGAGACGCUCGACCUCGUCAUCAGCGGCGUUGAAAACAUCAUCAUCUUCUACAUCAACUUCUUGACGGCCACAUACACCUGUCUCAUCACUGCUCUCAUACACGGUAGUAUUGAAAUAAUAGCCAAUGUCACCGAGGAUGCGACAAAGUCCUACAACAAGUUGAUCAACGGAACGGUAGGCGAGAUAAACAAACUCGCCACUUCUUUACAAGUCGGUAUCUCUAAUCUGACGUCUGGCAUUGAAGGCAGUAUAUUUGGCGGCUUGAUCUCAGAUAUUCCCAAAGUCAACUUUUCCAAGCCCCUCAAUAAGCUUCUGGACUUUAAGCUGAACACGACCAGUUUUGUCAGUGGUCUUCAACUCUUGGAUAAGGAUCUCCCUACGUUUGAAGACGUUCAAAACUUUACUGAAUCUGCCAUCUCCCUUCCCUUUGAAGCCCUACGCCACGCUCUGGACGACAAAUAUGGCAACUACACGUUCAACAAGACUGCCUUUCCUCUUGCCGAGAAGCAGCAGAUGACAUUCUGCUCCGAUAACGAUUCGCUCAACAAUAUCUUCGACCACUUGUUCAAGCUGGUGGCAAAAGCUAGAGUUGCCUUUAUCGUUGUCAUUUCCUUAGCGGCUGCAGGCGUCAUGGCUCCCAUGGCAUGGCUGGAGAUUCGCCGAUGGCGGCAGCAACGGAAUUACGCAAAGCUUGUCACUCAGAACGACCAAGAUCCCAUGGAUGCCGUCUACAUUGGUUCUCGGCCUUUUACUGCCACCUACGGUCUCCGAUUCACGAGCAAGAUGACCGGGAAGCAACGGAUCCUUGCUCGUUGGUGCAUUGCGUAUGCUACCUCCCCAGCUGCCUUAUUCGUCCUAUCACUCGCACUAUCUGGAUUCCUUGCGUGCAUCUUUCAAGCCAUUCUUCUAAAAGCAGUACAAAAAGAGACUCCUAAGCUGGCUCAAGAAGUUGGACAAUUUGCUGAAAAUGUUGUGGAUACUCUGCAGAAUGUCUCUCAGUCGUGGGCCGAUGGCGCCAACGGAGUCAUUGGAGGUCUCAACGACGACAUUAACCAUGACCUUCUCGACUACGUCAGCAACGCUACAGAAGCGGUCAACAAUACCAUCAACGUUUUCAUGGACAAGAUGGAAGAGAGCUUGGAAUUCGUUUUCAAUGGCACUCUUCUUUUGGGACCCAUCAAGUCGGUCUUACACUGUGUUAUUGGACUCAAGGUUGAGAGCGUUCAAAAGGGCCUUACAUUUGUCCACGACCACGCUCACGUUGAAUUCCCGCUAUUUCCCAACAAUACGUUUAGCGCGGGAGCAAACAGUUCUGUGGAUGGUGAUUCGGGCAUUGAUAGUUUCCUUGCCUCUCCGUCUGAUGCCACAACCAAUGAAAUAAGUGAAGCUGUCGGCCAUGUUACCAAGUGGCUCCAUAGCAACCUGGUACAUGAGGCCCUUCUGUCUACCGGCAUUUUUCUCACUUAUGUUAUCAUUGUCUUGAUCGGUGUGAUCCAAACCCUUAUAGGGAUGGCCACAAGCGAACGAGGCCGCGCGGAGGGAGGCAUCCGAUACCCAAGCAUGGAUGGCGGCGGCCAAAUGCGCUCUGAUGCGCCUGCAGAGCGUUCCUGGGCGCAGGACCCGCCACCGCCAUGGGAGCCGUCGACCUCCUCUUCCAGCAGUUCCGUUGGAAGUAGCGGAUCAGCACGGGACUCAUUUCAUGAGAAAUUCAUAUACGGUGCGGCGAGCCCAAUAAGACCGAAAAUGACUAAUAACCCAUACGACUAUCCGAAUGAAAAGACUGGGUUCUAA